UGCAGUGCUGCCUGGGAGGACGGAGCCGCGCCCCACAGUUCUGAAGUGGCGCCUCCAGGCCCUGGCAGGAGUGACCCAUUGCUCCUCCUUCCAGGAAUCAUCAAGGACUGCAGUCUGCUUGAAAAUGUCGACCCUAACUACCCUGUUUAAGUACAUUGAUGAAAAUCAGGAUCGCUACAUUAAGAAGCUUGCAAAAUGGGUGGCCAUCCAGAGCGUGUCUGCGUGGCCGGAGAAGAGAGGUGAAAUCAAGAGGAUGAUGGAAGUCGCCGCCGCAGACAUCAGGCAGCUGGGCGGCUCUGUGGAACUGGUGGACAUCGGGAAACAGAAGCUCCCCGACGGCUCGGAGAUCCCGCUUCCUCCCAUCUUGCUGGGCAAGCUGGGCUCGGACCCGCAGAAGAAGACGGUGUGCAUCUACGGGCACCUGGACGUGCAGCCUGCGGCGCUGGAGGAUGGCUGGGACAGUGAGCCCUUCACGCUGGUGGAGCGCGAUGGCAAGCUGUAUGGGAGAGGUUCCACUGAUGAUAAGGGGCCGGUGGCUGGCUGGAUGAAUGCCCUGGAAGCUUAUCAGAAAACAGAUCAGGAGGUUCCCGUCAAUGUCCGGUUCUGCCUGGAAGGCAUGGAGGAGUCUGGCUCCGAAGGCCUGGACGAGCUGAUUUUUGCCCAGAAAGACACGUUCUUUAAAGAUGUGGACUACGUGUGCAUCUCAGAUAACUACUGGCUGGGCAAGAAGAAGCCUUGCAUCACGUACGGUCUCAGGGGCAUCUGCUACUUUUUCAUCGAGGUGGAGUGCAGUGACAAAGACCUGCAUUCUGGGGUGUACGGGGGCUCGGUGCACGAGGCUAUGACUGACCUCAUCGCGCUGAUGGGCUCCCUGGUAGACAAGAAGGGCAAAAUCCUCAUCCCCGGCAUCAACGAGGCCGUGGCCCCCCUCACCGAUGAGGAGCACCAGCUCUAUGACUGCAUCGACUUUGACCUGGAGGAGUUUGCCAAGGACGUGGGGGCAAAGACCCUCCUGCACAGCUGCAAGAAAGACAUCCUGAUGCACCGAUGGCGGUACCCGUCCCUCUCCCUCCAUGGCAUUGAAGGCGCCUUCUCUGGGUCAGGGGCCAAGACCGUGAUUCCUAGGAAAGUGGUGGGCAAGUUCUCCAUCAGGCUCGUGCCGGACAUGACUCCGGAAGUGGUCAGCGAGCAGGUUACGAGCUACUUGACUAACAAGUUUGCUGAUCUACACAGCCCCAACAAGUUUAAGGUGUACAUGGGCCAUGGUGGGAAGCCCUGGGUAUCCGACUUCAACCACCCUCAUUAUGUGGCUGGGAGAAGAGCCCUGAAAACAGUUUUUGGUGUUGAACCAGACUUGACCAGGGAGGGUGGCAGUAUCCCUGUGACCUUGACCUUUCAGGAGGCCACGGGUAAGAACGUCAUGCUGUUGCCCGUGGGGUCAGCGGACGACGGUGCUCACUCCCAGAAUGAGAAGCUCAACAGGCAUAACUACAUAGAGGGAACCAAGAUGCUGGCUGCCUACCUGUACGAGGUGUCUCAGCUGAAGAACUGAGGGGCUCAGUUUUCCGUGGACUGCCACGUCUGGCCAGAAGGAGCCCCACUCUGUCCUUGCUCUUCCGACUCACUCAGGAAAGCAGAUGCUCCCCUCCCCCCUCUCCUCUGUCAGGUUACACACAUCCUUCCAAGAACAGAUGCGAGUGUGUCCAGCGGUCUCGUGGAUGGAGUUACCUGCACCAGGCAAUUAGGAACAUGUAGUCCUGGGGCUUAUCAGUGAUCCUGAAUGACAGCUGAGUCCCCUGGGUGGGUUCUCCAAGGUGGUCGGUAUAACUUAAGCUCCAGGAAAUAGCCAGGGUCCGCAAGCACCGGCCCUCCUGCAGCAAGCCCUUCAUCCUCAAACUGCGGUGAGCAGGGCUGACUGCCCUGCUGCCAUCUGCCCCGGCUCAGGUGAUGCACCCCUGGAGCAUUUAGAAAGGGAAUGAGAAAAGUGAGCCUCCCUCAACCCUUGCUGUCCUUUUCUCAAGACCUUAACCACUGGUGUUUUCCAUCUUUAUUAUAAUCCCCAAAACCUAACCUAACUGGGAAGAUUAUUUUGUCUCAGUCUGUGUUGCUAAAUAAACAGUAAAAAUGAAGCCUCUAAAA